AGCCGGGCCUCUGAUCCGAGAGGCUACGCGAAGGGGGCGCGUCCUGCCCGGCGGGCCGCCUCCUCCCGCCCCCCACGCCGGGGCCUCCGCCACCUCUGCCUUCGCCACGCCGCCACCUCGGAAGCCAGCCAUGGGGUCGGUCGGGGCGGCGGCGUGGCUGCUCCUGGCGGCAGCGGCCUGCGCACGGAUGGAGCAGGACUUCUACGGCUUCAAAGUGGUCAACAUCCGGGGCAAGCUGGUGUCGCUGGAGAAGUACCGCGGCUCGGUAUCCCUGGUGGUGAAUGUGGCUAGCGAAUGUGGCUUCACAGACCAGAACUAUCGAGCCUUACAGCAGCUGCAGCGGGACCUGGGUCCCUACCAUUUCAAUGUGCUUGCCUUCCCCUGCAACCAGUUUGGCCAACAGGAACCAGACAGCAACAGGGAGAUCGAGAGCUUUGUCCGCCGCACCUACAGUGUCUCUUUCCCCAUGUUUAGCAAGGUCGCAGUCAUUGGCACUGGUGCCCAUCCUGCCUUCAAAUACCUGACCCAAACUUCUGGAAAGGAGCCCACCUGGAACUUCUGGAAGUACCUAGUGGCCCCAGAUGGAAAGGUGAUGGGGGCUUGGGACCCAACUAUCUCAGUGGAGGAGAUCAAGCCCCGGAUCACAGAGCUGGUGAUGAAGCUCAUCCUGCAGAAGCGAGAAGACUUAUGACCACGUUCCCUCUUCCCUAUCACUCCCACCUCACAAGUGGACAGAUGACCAAAACAAACUCAAGGGGUGCUUCACAGGGAGAGACCUGCUCUUCUCUUCCCUUCACUCUUAUCCCAUACUCUGUCUGUCACACUUAAGAGGAAGAAGUCUAGUACUUUGAUUAUUUGAAUACAAGAGCAACCAAUACAACUCCUGGCCAGUCAGAGUUCUUAACAGUGAAUUACCAGCCAGUAAGAAUCUCUGUGGCAUGUAGAAGGCUAUGAAGCAAUAAUCUACCUAACCAGGCCUCUGUCAGGGGGGAGCAAUUCCUACUUCACAAGGCUGGGGUGAGGAUUAGAAUCCAAUUCCUGUGAAAGUGCCCAGGGCAGUGCUAGCCAAAUGGGAAGAAUUCAGUAGCUGAUUUUUGCAAAAAAAUUACUCGUGAUAAUAAAAACUUGUACUCAGCUGGGCGUGGUGGCGCACGCCUUUAAUCCCAGCACUUGGGAGGCAGAGGCAGGUGGAUCUUUGUGAGUUCGAGGCCAGCCUGGUCUACAUAGUGAGUUCCAGGACAGCUGGGGCUACAAGGAGACCCUGUCUCAAAAAGACAAAAAAAAAAACAAAAAAACUUGUACUCAACAUUAAUUUCCAGCCAAUGGAACUCUAGGCCAAAUGUAUUUGUUAUUGUUAUCCUU